AUGACUUCAAAUUUAUAUUUAUUAUCUAUUGUUGCAUUAUGUUUUAUUUUAAUGCAAGUUUGUUCACCGAUGGUAGUUGCUAAACAAUAUCUACCAUUGCUAAGAAGCGACAACAAUGAUGAUCACCCAUAUAUACGACAAGAAUUGGCUCAUUCAUUAUUUCCAUCAACAUCUUUUAUUAAUCAAUUGAAUGAAAGAGAUGAUAAUCAAAAUUUUCAUCCACCGAAACGUGAAUCAUUUGGCCGAAGACAUCAUUGGGAUGUCUUUUUUGGUAGACGUUAA